AUUGUUGAGCAUUCUGCUUCGCAAGAGUAACCUAAAUUAGGUAGAGUUCGAAAUUCUAUUUUCUAUCGUGGUCUACCCUGAAUAUUUAUUCAACUGGUAAAGAAAAUCAAAGCAGAGCAGAUUAGAGGAAGUAAGGAGGUAAGCAAUCAUGUCAAAGAAAAAUGAUCUUGGACGACGUAAACGGCUUCACGAAUUCGAGCUUAGAAAGGAGAAAGAGGAGAAGGAAAAGAAAGAGCGAAAGCUAAAAGCAAGGCAGGAGAAGAUGAAGGUUGAUGGUAAGGAGGAGAAGAAAAAGUUGAAGAGGAAGAGAGGGUUUAAGGUUGGGAAAAAUAAAAAGGUGCAGACCAAAUUAUCUGCUUUGACCAAGGCGAAGGCUGCCCAAGCAAUGGAAAUAGAUGGCUAAUUUUGCACUCUAAACAAAUGUAAAUGUUGAUGAUUACUGGAUGUAUUACAGACUCAAGAUUCUUACGGCUUUAGUUACCUAAUAACUUAUUUCAAAAGAUUAUUUGAAAGCUGGAAGAUCAUUUAUAUUUUGACAUAGGUUGAGUUCUGAAUUUUGCAUUUGUCACGAUAUGUAAUUGAGGUCUGCUCUUGCUAAGAUAGGACUUGAGAAUCUGAGAUCAUGCAAGACAUGUUUGUAACUGUUCUUUUUAUAUAUUACAAUCAAAGGAUUUUCUUUUCAUGAUA